GGGGCCGGGGCCGCGGCCGCGAUCGCGAUCGUGGUGCGGAGCCGCCCAGCACCCAGCGCGGAGCGGCGGCCGGGCCCUCCUGCAGGAUGCGGCGGCGAUGAUGUGACCUAUAUUCAUGUAAAGGAUGUCCCCAGCCCGCCGCCGCCGGGCCAUGAAGCAUCGCAAGUGAUGGUGCCGCGGUGCCCGCGGGCCAUGGCCAGCCCAGCACCAUGGCUGCGCUGGACACAAACACAGCUGACGCGCUGGCAGGGAGAGGAGGAGCAGCAGGAGGAGGAGGAGGAGGAGGAGGAAGACGACGGCUUCCAAAGGCAAAUGGACGAGUACGGGGUCAUCGGCCUGGGGGAUGAUGCCGGGAGCCCACUGUGGGGCAAUGGAGAGGACCUGGAGGAGAGGUCCCCGGUGCAGGAGGGUCACUGGCACCCACAGCAGGACCUGGUGGAGGAGGAUGAGGAACAGGGCAGCUCCGGUGGAGAUGAAGGGCCCUGGGGGACAGAGAGUGAUGGAGACCCAUACCCCGAGCUGUCCUAUGAGGGCCAGUGGGGCUCGGGGCUCAGUGGCAGCCCCGAGGUGUUGCGGGACCCCCAGGCUCUCUGCCAGCCCCAUGGCUGCAGCACAGAUGGUGGGGACACCUCGGGGCUGUCAGAUGCCAGCCCUGGCCCUGCCACCCCAUCUCACUGGGGCCUGGGCACGGCUGGGGAUGCUGGUGGGGGGCACAGGCAGAGCUGGAACCCAAAACAGAGCAUCCUGCAGCGUUACUCCACUGAGGAUCAUCACGAUGCCACCAGCACCAAGCCCGUCCCCAAGCCAGCUGGCACCACUGUGCUGGCACCCACCAGGGUCCCCCAGAGCACUGGGGACCCCCCUGCAGCCCGGGUGCCCAAAAAAGCAGCACCCAGGGUACUACCACCCAAGCAGUCCCUGGGCCCGCGGCGGCAGCACGUGGGCAGCAAGAAGGCGAGGAAUCCCUUGGGAAUGGGCACCGGCUCUGACAGCACCCAGUAUGGCCGGGGGCAGCUCAACCACCCCCUGCCCGACCUCUCCAAGGUGGAGGCGCGGGUGAAGGUCACCCAGAGCUACCGGCCACCACGGGGCCGAGCCGUGCCCAGUGCCCCAGGACCCCCCAUCGGCUUCAAGUCCCCGGCCGAGAUCGUCCGGGAGGUGCUGCUGAGCAGUGGGGAGGGGGUCCCCCCAAAGCCCCCCACCGCCGUGGGGCUGCCACAUGAGUUCAGGUCCCCUGAGCAAGCCACCGAGCUGGUGCAGCAGCUCCAGGAUGACUAUCACAAGCUGCUGACCAAGUACGCUGAGGCUGAGAACACCAUUGACCAGCUGCGCCUGGGUGCCAGGGUGAGCCUGUACUCGGACCCGCCGCAGCCCAGCCGCAGCCUGGCCAUGGGCUCCCUGGGCUCCGGCAGCCGGGUGAUGGCCCUCAGCCUGCCACGGGCCGGGACGGCGGCAUUCAGCACAGCCACGGUGCCCUCGCCGGGCGGAGCAGCUCCAGCACCUUCCGAGCAGGGGGGAGCACCCCAACCUUCUUCCAACUCAACACCCAUGGGGGGCUGCCCCACUUGCCUGGGGACCUGCUGCUGCCCUGGGAGCCGGCUGACACUGACCCUGGUGGGGCAGGCCCACAAGCUGCAGGCGCAGGUGGAUUCCUUCGAAGGCUGGAUCCAUGCAGGAAAGCCCACAGCCCAGGAGCAGCUCCAGCGGUUUGGGAAGCUGAAGGAAGCACAGGGUGCUCUGGAGCAGGCGUACCUGGGAGCGCGGCAGCACCUGGGGGCCUUGGGGGACUUCGACCCUGACCGUGCUGUGGAAGGGGAGAUUUUCCACCUGGGAUUGCGCCUGGAGGAGCUGAAGGAGCGGCUGGAGCCUGGGGCCAAGCAGCAGCUCCCCUCGAAGGGCCUGGACCAGCCCCGAUCCCCUCCAGCCCCUUCCCCAUCACCAGCCGCCUGCUGUCCGCACCCCGAGAGCCCCAUGACAACGGAUGGACCACAGGGGACAGCGGGGACCACUGAGGUGGUGACAGAGGGGUUACCUCAACCCCUCUGGCAAAAGCAGCAACAAGUGGAGGAGGAUUUUGGUGACCUGCUGGAGCAGUACAAGCACUUCAAGUCCUUGCCAGAGUCGCUGAGCCUGGAGCAGCUGAGCCUGGCAGCGAGCAGGUCGCAAGAGGAGGCAGAUGGAGCUGCAGCACGGGAUGGGGGCCCCAGCAAGGUCCCCUGCAGGACACGGUCACUAGAGGAGGGGUCGGACCUGGAGACCUCUCCCUUGCACCCUCUGGAGAGAAGAGCAGUGCCACUGUCCCCUAGGGAGCCCCCAUGGCCGGGGGGGGCACAGGGCCACCAGCCCCUCACCGCCACUGAGGAGCCACCAUCUGCAGCCACGACCCGCCUGGGACUCCCUGAGGCACCCCGGGCACCCCUGUCCCGCCAGGUGGGCAACGCUGGCACCCAGCACCGGCCCCACAAGGAGCAGCGCAUUGUGUCACCGGAGACAGACAGUGGCUUCGUGGGCUCGGAGGCCAGCAGAGUGUCACCCCCUGUGCACACCCCCGAGCACCGGUCCCCCAGUACUGGGACCCCCGGCUCACUGGGACCCUCCAUCCCCAUCCCUGCAACCCUCCAUCCUCCAUGGAAGAGAGAGGUGACCCCGCUUCCCUCUGAGACCACGGUGAUGGGCACCACAGGAGGGACCUGCCGGCCCCCCAGCACCCCCUCGCAGAGAAGCUCCCCCCGACACUGGGCUCGGAGCCCGGACAGUGAGGCAGGACACGACCAUGGUGGUGCUGGCACUCACACGGACUCAGAGGCGGAAGGCAGGAGCUGUGCCAGCACCGGUGGCCACCUGGGCACCACCAGGGGCCCAGCCAGCCCCCCAGCGUCCCCCAAAACACCGUCCCCCACCCCGCUGUCCCUCGAUCCACCAUCCAUCCACCUGCAAUCCCUCGACCUGGCUCACUGUGAUCUGCUGGGCUCCCGCUUGGAGCGCGACCAGGCCAUCCGGGAGCUGCAGGAUGAGGUGUGGCGGCUGCGGCUGCGGCUGGAGGAGAGCCUGCGGCAUUCCCACAGCUAUCCCAAGGGAAAAGCCACCCCGCGUGCCACCCUGGGCAGGAGGCAGCCGGUGACCAGUGCAUCAUCGUCCCCCAGGGAUGCAGCACCCGUGGGGGAGCCGGCACCCCCGGUGCGGGGCAGGGUGGCCCCCAGGGUGGCACCCACAAGGAAGGGGAGGUCGGUGUCCCUGCCACGGGACAGGCCGGAGCUGGACCUCACCUCUGAGUCGGACCCCUCUCCCGCUGGACGCCGGGUCAUUCCCUCCCCAUGGAAGAGCCCCGGGAGCCCCCCAGGUGCGGUGACGUUGCAGGGACAGCACACAGGGACGCAGUACCGGGCAGGGAUGCCAAGUGCCACCACAGCACCCCGGGAAGAGCCGCGCACCCCCGAGUGCCCCCGAUGCCACCGGAGCAGGACCCCAUUGGCAGGUCAGGCGGGUGAUGCUGCGAGGCAGCCCCAGCACAGCACCCCGAGGAGGACAUGCUGCCCUGCUUGCCAGGCACCCAUGGGUGCCCCCACAUCUGAUGGAGCCACACACGCAGAGCACGGCCCUGGUGGCACAUCAUUCCCAGGCUCCCACACUGGUCCCCGAGCCCAGAAGCUGGAGCAACCUGGACUUUGGUACUUGGCCAGCCCUGGUGCCAGCCCUGCCGUCGGCUGCCUGGCACCUGUCCCCAUCGUGCCUUAUGCUCCCUCUGUGCUCUACUGCUCCCCAGUGGUACCUACCUCACCCCACGCUGCGGGGCAGUGCAGGGCAGAGCGUGCCCCCCGUUCCCCCACUGCUGGCCCCCGCCGCUGCCUCCCACUGGAGCUGGAGGAGCUGAACUGGUCUCUGAGCAGGGCCGUGGCGGCUGCCCGGAGCGUGAGGGUCACCAGCACCCGCAUGAGCCGGGCGCUGGCAGCCGAGCUGAGCCGGGCGCGGGGCCUGCGCUACUCCUGCCUCUUCUGAGCGUGCUGCAGCACCCCCCUACCCUUGCAGAAGGAGGAGGAGGAGGAUGGUGUCCCCCUUCAUCAGCAUCUCCGCACUGGAUGCUCCCUGCCCUGGGGGCACUGGGACUGGAGGCAUCUCCGUGGGGUCCUGGCUCCCGUCUCCAUCCUGCUUGCCUUAGACCCUCUGCACCACUUUGUCCACUUCCAGGACCAGCCACGCUGCAAGAGUUGAGGCAAGGCAGGGGCAGAGAGACCUGCAGCAUCCCGUGAGACACAGCCCCAGGGGGGUCACACCAUCUCCUGGCACCAAUGGGGCAACCUCCUGUCCCCCAGGGCAGACACCCCCCUGAGCUGAGCACUGCUGGGGCUGCUCUGGCUUUGUGUAGGUCCUACCACAACACAGGUAGAGCCCCUACUGGCAGCUGUGUUUACCUCUAUGCCUGCAUAGGCAGAAAUACAUAUAAUUCCCUAAUUCAAUCCCUUUCCCAGCCUUUAGGCUUCUUUGGGGGGGUCAUGCCCAAGCUUUGACCCGGGUGCCCCCCUCCACCCUCUGCUCUGCCCUUGGACUUGAACCCAGCUGGGUUUUCCUUGGAAAAACUCUUCUUUUUGUGAUUUUAUGUGAAUUUAUUCUCCUUUAAGGUAGCUAGAACCAGCUAAAUCACUCUGUAAGGGUUGAUUGAUGGUGUAUCAUGUGUGUGUAUGUAUAUGUAUCUAUAUAUAGAUACAGCAUAUCUAGAUAUGUAUCUAUAGAUAUAUAGAUGUGUGUCUAUAUGGUAUAUAGAGAUAUGUUUCUAUAUAUAGGUAUAGUAUAUAUAGAUAUGUAUCUGUAGCUAUAGUAUAUAUAGAUAUGCAUCUAUAUAUAGAUACAUAUAUAUAUGUUCUGAUUUUAAUUUCAAGCAUAAUCCUUAGGGCAUUUUUAUGGGGGUUUUUUGGCCGCUCCUGGCUGUGGCCACCCCCUGUGUCAUCCUGACAGAAAAAGAGAAGGAUUUGGGGUGUUCCUUGGGAUUCCCAGGGGAUCAGGGCUGCUAGAGUUAAAAAUCCCCCUGUGGGACCGAGGCAGGGGAAGGAUCCAGCCCUGAGGGGGUCAGCAGGGCACCUGUAUCUCCAGCCUGGUGUUGUAAGGAGUUAAUCAUGGAAUGAUUUGGGUUGAAGGGAGCUUAAAGCUCCUCCAGUUCCAACCCCCUGCCACGGGCAGGGACACCUUCCACUAGAGCAGGUUGCUCCAAGCCCCUGUGUCCAACCUGGCCUUGAACACUGCCAGGGAUGGGGCAGCCACUUCUCUGCCUGUUUUUAGUGAAAGGCUGUGGUUGGAGCAGCCCUUGGAGAGGACACAGCACCUCAGGGUGCUCCUCACCCCACAAACCCCGGGGGGACCCUCGAGCUGCACCCACCAGCACCCCAUGGGUCCAGCCAACCCCUCUGCUCCACCCCAAGCAUCUCAGCCUGCGGGAGCCCCUGGCUGUGUUUAUAGGUAGGACCUACAUGAAGUGCCCAUGUCCGAGCUGUUUGUGGCUGUACAAAGCCCCGCCUUUGGAGGAGGGGGCAUCACUGAUGGCCCCAGUGAGUUACUCAGGUCUAGAGCCUCCCCAAAGCCACCGAGCCCAGACCUUGCAACCAGCCCAGGUGGGCUGGUGAUGGGCUGGGAAUGGGGGGUCCCAAUACUGUGUUUUGAGGCGGGGGGGGGGGGGAGUUGUGACACACAGAGGGGAUUUUAAAGAGGAUUUACGUGUCUUUGGUUGCAUCUGCUUAUCCCUGUGUCUCAAGUGACUCCAGUCCAGCCGGGAAGCACGCAGGGAUCACACAACCAUAUCCAACUAUCCCAAAUGCACCAGCCAGGAGCAAAGAUGAUGUUUUUUUACCAUAUCUCCGAUUUUGUAAGGACAAGCAGAGCCCUUUGGCUGCUAUUUUGUACUAAGAGAAUCACCUAUUUUUGAACAAAAUAAAGGCAGUUGGUUGCUUUGUGGCUUUUCCUUCCUUUCCAAA